AUGAUUGUUUCAGGAACAGCAGAAAAGGUUUUGGUUGCAAGUCUCGUCGAGGACUGCCGUCAUGCUCACGCACUGCCCCGUCGUUGUCAUAUGGAGCCAAAGGGCUUCAUCAUACAAGUGAUUCUUCUGGACCUGGAGGAUUUCUGCGGUAGACGUUCGUGCACGAAAUGCGAGUACUUGCAAAAGCCAUUGUUGUAG